AUGCCUUUUCCUUGGAAGAAAAAAAACCGAGUCACCCGAAUUUCACAAAUCGUCGCUGAUCUUCAAUCACCAAAACGCGGUCGUUCGCUCUUCGUUGAAACCGGGUUCCCCACUUCCCUCAUCGAUCUCUUCGUUAAAAACCGUAACCGCUUCAAGAAAUCCAGAUUCAAAAAACCGGUUCACUCCGAAAACAUUGAUCCGUCACCUCCACCGCCUCCGCCGUCGUCCCCGGUCUUAUAUCCAUCUCCGUCAUCGGAGUCACCAUUUCAUGGAGUUUCAUCUGAAGAGAUUCCGACACCGGGAGAAAACACCGACGAAGCCGCCGUCGGGGAGGCUCCUCCGGUUGAAAAACUAACUUCCACGUUUCGUUCAAAGGCGAUCAUCGUGAAAACGUUGACGGUUAUUGUUUUAGCCGCGAGUGUGAAGGAGUUAACAGUUGCGAUCACGGUCUCGGCGUUUGCGCUGCUGUUUCUCGAAAACGCAUUAAAACGCGCCGUUUCGUGUUUGAAGCCUUGUUCUAAUUCUAGCUUUGUAGAAAUUGAAUCUCGUUUUCAAAAGAUUCUGUUUCAUGUUAAAGAAAACGAGAUUCAACAACCAGUAACUGUUUUCAAUGAAGUUGAAUUGUUGAAUUUGAAUCGUUGUUGUGUGAACGAUGAAAUCGAAGCUGUGGAGCAAGAAAAGAGUGAGGAGUUAGGGAUUUGUUGCAAAUUGGAAGAUUCGUUGGUUUCUGAAUGCAAAAUUAAAGGGAAAGGUAGUCGUAGCGGUAGGUUUAAGGCAACGAUGGUGAAGAAGCUUCAGAAGUUUCGUUCUAAGAAAGAGAAAAAGGAAGAAGAAAAGGGAAUUAGUAGUAAUAAUAAUAAAUAUAGUUAUGAGGAGAAUGAAGUUGAAGAUAAAGAAGAGAUUAUUAUUAAAAGUGAAGUAAGAGAUGACUGUGCAAUCGCUUAUUCGAGAGAAUCGAUUAUUGCUGGGAAUUCAGGUUAUGCAAUUCUGGUUAUGAUUGUACUCGUUGGGCUUAUUGUGGGACGUUUACAAGCAUUGGUUCUAACAAUUGGAUGGUGUUUCUUGGUUAAGAUAGUUAAAGUUAUUUGGAGAUCAAAGAAUGGGUAUUCUCUUAUGGAAAGAUGA